AUGGAAGUAUUUCAGUGUUCAAGUCACUACAUUAUUGUAAACGAUGACAGCGCUCUCUGGUGGAGCAGAACUGACGGGAGUCCUGAAAUUACAAACGUGUCUUCAGCGCGCAAUGCCCUUUCGGAUAACGCCGUGUGUCUGGGGCUAGUGGAAGGCGUUAUUGGGAAGAUUCAGUUACAUUCAGAAUCUGACAGAUUUCUCCUCCUGGUUCGACAGAAGACCCUGGUUGGGAGGAUUCCCCCGAGACACCAAGUCUUCACUGUCAGUAAGAUUGUGGCCAUCCCUCUGUCCGAAGCGGAGCCGCGGGAUCUCGAGUUUGAGGAGAGACAGAAAGAAAAGCUCACACAAAGGCUGCUGGAAGAACUGCUGAAAAUCUUCACAGACACAAACUCGUUCUAUUUCAGCAGCAGCUACGACCUCACCAGCUCAUUACAGAGGCAAUGCACCUUGGGGAAGCAAAACCUCCCACUCUUGCAACAAGUAGAUGUCUGGAAUAAGUAUAUGAUGAAGGAUGUCAUUGAGCUCCAGGACCCCAGAGUCAAUGAUUGGGUCAUCCCGAUUAUACAGGGCUUCGUUGCCAUCAAGCUGAACAUGCUGACCGAUGCUCCUGGUUGGGAUGAGCGCAGCAAACUCCCGGAACUCUUCCUCCAGGGGGGGUGCUCUGACAGCUUCCUCAUAGCACUGAUCUCUCGCAGAAGCAGGCACAGAGCAGGUAUGAGAUACAAGUCUAGAGGAGUGGAUAGCAAAGGACAUGCAUCCAUCUAUGUGGAAACAGAGCAGAUUGUCUACUAUAGGGGACACACUGCUGCUCUGGUGCUCAUUCGGGGGUCUCUACCUGUGAUCUGGAGCCAACCUGGCUAUCGAUACAACCCCCUGCCUGUGCUAAACAAGAAUGAAACGGAAACCCAAGCUGCUUUCAAGGCACACUUUGAUGACCAGCUAAAGAAUUAUAACAAGCAGGUUAUAGUUAACCUAGUUAAGCAAGGAGGACCCGAGAAGAUAGUUGGAGAUGCCUUUCUGAGACACGUAUUAUUGUACAACAGUGUAGACCUUACCUAUGUAUCCUUUGACUUUCAUGAGCACUGCCAUGGCAUGAAGUUUGAAAAUGUGAAGUUGCUCACAGAAGGCAUAGCUCAUAUAAUUAAUGACAUGAAAUGGUUCUGGAUGGCACAAGGCAAGGUGAUCAGCAGACAGUUAGGGAUAGUGCGAGUAAACUGCAUUGACUGUCUGGACAGGACCAACGUAGUUCAAGCUGCCAUAGCUUAUGGCAUUUUAGAGAACCAGUUAAAGGCAUUAGAAGCCCUUUCCCAAGGGAGCAGUCUGCCCUACGACAGUAAAAGAGCAAUUCAGGUCAUGUGGGCUGACAAUGGAGACGCUAUCAGCAGGCGAUAUGCGGGAACUAACGCAAUGAAGGGUGACUUAAUUCGCACUGGUGAGCGUAAUAUUGCUGGGGUUUUGAAGGACGGCUACACUUCUGCAAAUCGAUAUUAUCUGAACUGCUUCCUAGAUUCCUAUAGGCAAGCAGUCAUUGAUGCGAUGCAGGGCAUCCCAGUAAAAGAUAACCUGCACACAGUGUACUUCAAAGAGGAAAGCACCACUGCCUUCAUCAAGAGCCAGGCCCAAUUGCCCAGUUGUGAAGUUGAUGCCAUUAUCCAGCACUACAGAGAAAUACUGAUACCUUCUAGCGAGCAGUUCCUGGAUGGCUGGCAUCUUAAAGUCCAUGAUCCAAGCUUGAAAUGUGCAACAGUAAAAGACCUGGAUGUGCUGUUGAUGUUGACCAACAGAGGUUGCCAUUUGGCUUUCUGUGAUGAAGAUACUGUGACAGUAGUUCAGCGCCAGAGCAUUUUGCUGGAGGAUAUGGAAAAGAUUCAAUUAGAGAGCCUUCACCAUAUCGCAGAGAGGCUCCAACGUGCCAAGAGAGACGCCGUUGCAAAAGAGCUUCCAAUUAUGACACAGUGCCUGGAUAGGAAAAACAGCGCCCUCCAUGAUAUACCUACAGUACAACUUUCAGAGAAAGACCUGGAAAAAGCUCAACGUCUUUACCACAGCCUGCUGGAAGACAUAUGUUCACCAGAAAACCCUGAACAGACACAAACGGGUAAAGGUCCUCACGGAGCCUUUGAACUUAAUGAGAAAUUCAAGUGCUACGAUCGUGAAGAACUGAGUAGCUCUGACGACGACCUUUGUGCCAGCUCCCAUUUAUACAGCAAAUCACCUCUUACAGACAAAGGGGGUUCCUAUAGAUCAGCAGCCUCAAGUUCCUUCAUCCCUUGUGCAUUACCCAAAGCUAAAUCUUGUAAAUCUCAUUUCAAUAUUCAAAUUUCUGAAGGCAAUGAAGAUCAGUUGAAGACCAUGGUUGUGUUGCCUUUUUCAGACUGCAGCGAGUUAGCUUCAACUUCUAGAGAAGCGCUGGCUCCAGGGACGCCAGAAAACGCAGAGCUGGGCAAACUGCUGCUUCACACAGCUUCUGUGGUAUCUGCUUCCAAACCAGGAGCUGAGGCUGUGCUCAGUGAGGCAGAGAUCAAUAUCAUGAUCAAGAACUGUAAAACACAGAUUAUACAGAUUUAG